GCCGGGAGGCCGGGGCGGCGGGCGCGCAGCUCGGCGGGAGGCGGGCGCCCGGAGACGCGGCUGGGGGCCCGCGCGGCCCGGGCGCCGUCCCAGGGCAGGACUGCCCGGCCCCGGCCCCGGGCCGCCGGCGCUCCCCAAUGAAAAACCAGCUCCGCGGCCCCCCAGCGCGGGCGCACAUGUCGGCUUCGGGGGCGGCGGCAGCUGGGGACACCCGGGCGGGGUCGGAGCCCGGUGCGGGGUCUGGGUCCGGCACCGGCACCGGGACGAGCGCGGCGACGGGAGCGGGGGCCAUGCCCUGCAAGAGCGCCGAGUGGCUGCAGGAGGAGCUGGAGGCGCGCGGCGGCGCGUCCCUACUGCUGCUGGAUUGCCGGCCGCACGAGCUCUUCGAGUCGUCCCACAUUGAGACAGCCAUCAACCUGGCCAUCCCCGGCCUUAUGCUGCGCCGCCUGCGCAAGGGCAACCUGCCCAUCCGUUCCAUCAUCCCCAACCACGCCGACAAGGAGCGCUUCGCCACGCGCUGCAAGGCGGCCACCGUGCUGCUCUACGACGAGGCCACGGCCGAGUGGCAGCCGGAGCCCGGCGCUCCCGCCUCCGUGCUCGGCCUGCUCCUGCAGAAGCUGCGCGACGACGGCUGCCAGGCCUACUACCUCCAAGGUGGUUUCAACAAGUUCCAGACAGAGUACUCAGAGCAUUGCGAGACCAACGUGGACAGCUCGUCCUCACCAAGUGGUUCGCCGCCCACCUCGGUGCUGGGCCUGGGUGGCCUACGCAUCAGCUCUGACUGCUCAGACGGGGAGUCAGACCGAGAGCUGCCCAGCAGUGCCACCGAAUCAGACGGCAGCCCUGCACCAUCCAGCCAGCCAGCUUUCCCCGUCCAGAUCCUGCCCUACCUCUACCUCGGCUGCGCCAAGGACUCCACCAACCUGGACGUGCUCGGCAAGUACGGCAUCAAAUACAUCCUCAACGUCACGCCCAACCUACCUAACGCCUUUGAGCAUGGCGGCGAGUUCACCUACAAGCAGAUCCCCAUCUCUGACCACUGGAGCCAGAACCUCUCCCAGUUCUUCCCUGAGGCCAUCAGCUUCAUUGACGAAGCCCGCUCUAAGAAGUGUGGUGUCCUGGUGCACUGUCUGGCAGGUAUCAGCCGCUCAGUGACAGUCACUGUGGCCUACCUGAUGCAGAAGAUGAACCUGUCACUCAAUGAUGCCUACGACUUUGUCAAGAGGAAAAAGUCCAACAUCUCUCCUAACUUCAAUUUCAUGGGGCAGCUGCUGGACUUUGAGCGGACGCUGGGGCUGAGCAGCCCAUGUGACAACCAUGCGCCCAGUGAGCAGCUCUACUUCUCCACGCCCACCAAUCACAACCUGUUCCCACUCAACACGCUCGAGUCCACGUGAGGCCAGGCGCACAGGUAGGCGUGGCAUCAGCACCCGCCCAGCCUUCUACACAGCCUGGUGGGUGCCCCAAGCCUGCUGACCCUGGCCUGAAGAACCCACAGACUUCGCCUGUCUCCAGAGGCCCAGGCUGAGCAGUGGUUGAGCUCCCUUGCCACCCUGUUGGGGCAGAGCCCACAGGCGAGGCCGCCCUCGGCAGGACUUGCUGGAGAGGCCUCAGCUCUCAGAUACAUGGCUGGGGGCCAUCGAGCCUCGCCUCUGCAUUCUGCUGAUAGCCUGGCCAAUCUGGCUAUUUUUAAAGACAUCCACGGACCUGAGUUUACUUUUUACUUUUGGCAGGUAAAUCCAAGCUCCAUGGAGCUCUGAGAGUGUUCAAGCUCUUCUUGAUUUUUCUUCUUUUAACAAAAAGUGUUAUUUUCAGGCUACAUGCAACAGUGGAUUGUAUAAACCAGUAUUUCAUCCCUUUCUUUGUCCUGCAAGAGAGAGAGAGAAGUGUUCUCAUUUUCGUUUUUCUUCCUAUUUCAAAACAGCAACUAUCAGUGUGUUUUUUGUUCUUAACGGAAAACACAAACCCUAUGUUGAUCUUGACCAAAUGCAUUUUGCACAUGUGUGAAUCCUCCAUUUCUCCGGCAAGCCCUUCUUGAAGGGGGUGGCUUGCUGCUCUCCAGGCAUAGAGCCCCUCAGUUGUGCCAUCUCCCACCCAUGGCCCAGCCUGACUUGGUGCAAGUUGUGCUUGGUGGGCUGCACUGGUGGUCUUUGCAGUGUCCAUCUUCCCAUCCGCCCUUCUGGUGGUCCUGUAGGCCUCUCCAAGGCAGAAGAUGGGGGCUCUGCCAUGUCCUUUUGGAGGUGGGACCACAAGGGACUGCCAGGCAGUAGCAUUAGCCCUCUGGGCUCAGCCCCUCAGAGGUCCCUUUUGUAAACUUACCUACUACUUCUGUCUCAUUCUCUUGCCCGGUGGCUGGGAGUGGAAGCCUAACGGCUGGGGAACACUUAGGUGAUUGGGCCCAGCCCUCUCUUCCAAGUUCUUUCUCUUACCCUGGCUCUUGCUUUAGUCCAGCUGCCACUUACAAUUCCCUGUCCCAUGGAAACCUGCCUUGGUCACAUCUUGCCUAUGCCUUCUGCUAGCAGGAAACGUGCACCCAUUUCAGUCCUGGGGCAGGGGCAAGUGGGGCAAAGAUGGACCAGUGGAGGUAUGUGAGCGUUUAUCCCCCACCCAGCACCCACAGCACAAAGCCACGGAUUCCGUUAUUCUCCAGUUUUUGUUUCUUCUCUAGUCUUAGUUCUCAUCAGUCGUCCCGGGAGCGGGUAGCUGCUGGGCCUGGGUCCCUGAUGGAGCCCGCAUUUAGCAUGUGAGUGAGGCCACGGAAACUCCGCCCCCACCACAUCUUACCUCACGGGGGGUGGUUUUCAGGGAUUCUUUAGGGCAGCAGAUUAAAAUCUUGCCACAGUUGAGAAAUUGACAAAAAGCUACCAUGCUGUACAUGGUUCUCUCUCUCUCUGUCUCUCUAUUUUUAAAAAGAAAACCCAGAAAGAUGCAUCAGAUUUAUGUAAAUGAGGGUAUUCUAGAGGGUGGCCAGUUUUGCUUUAUGAUCUUAUGAAGGAAAAUUUGUGACCCUACACACAUACACAUAUAUAUAUAUAUACAUAUAUAUACAUAUAUGUAUAUAUAUAUAUAUGUAUAUAUAAGUAUAUAUAUAUACACACACAUACACAUAUAUCCCGAACCAGCAACGGGACUUUGUU